CCCUCUUUUUCUAAUUGGCUUGGGCUCCCAUUUCCUCUCUCAAGCGUCAGAGUGCUCACUUUUUCCCAGGCUCCCCAGUCUGGGACACCAAAGUCCACUGUUUUUGUUUCUCUCUCUGCUCAGAAACUGUCCCGUCUAAGUUCUGAAGAAUUUAUGACUUAAAGAAAUGACACCUCUCCAGUCCUGGGCCCUCUCCCUCCUUCUUGUUGUGCUGGCACACUGUUCAAGUCCACUUGAGGAUAAUAAGAUUCACAGUCUGUGUAUGGGCAGCCCAGGUAUCCCAGGUUCUCCAGGGUUGCACGGCAGGCCAGGACAACCAGGCAGAGAUGGCAGAGAUGGCCGAGAUGCACCAGUGGGGGAGAAAGGUCAAAGGGGAGAUCGUGGAGAACCUGGUGAGCCAGGCAUGAGGGGCCUGACCGGUGACAGAGGCGAUCCAGGAGAGAAAGGUGAGAAGGGACCCCCCGGAGAGUGUGCGGUGGCUCCGAAGUCAGCAUUCAGUGCCAAGUUGUCUGAAUCCCAAACCAUGAGCACGCCUUUACCAGCAGGGGAUGCUGUACGCUUUAACAAAAUCAUCCUGAACGAGCAGGGAGAUUACAGUGCCGAGACCGGACGCUUUACAUGCAGGGUGCCAGGUGUUUACUAUUUUGCCGUCCAUGCCACUGUGUACCGCUCCAGCCUCCAGUUCGACCUGAUGAAGAAUGGACAUGCCAUGGGCUCCUACUUCCAGAUGUUUGGCAACUGGUCCAAGCCGGCCUCACUGUCCGGAGGCACUCUGCUGCAUCUCAUUCCUGGUGAUCAGGUGUGGGUGCAGAUGGCUCUGGGGGAGUAUACAGGCUUUUACUCCAGCCCGAAGACAGACAGCACUUUCACUGGCUUCCUGGUGUAUUCUGAUUGGAAAAACUCUGCUGUAUUUGCUUAGAUCGAAGGUACAUACUACUUUUGGCCUUUACCCCAAAAUGCCUAUACUCAGAGCGCUACAAAGAUUUUUUGUUAGCAAAUUUGAAAUUCUAGAAAAUAAGCUAGUGUCUUAAGGUUAUGAUGGAAUUGGAAAAGAAAAAUGGAAGUAUGGUCUUGUGGACAAAAACAAAUCAAAUUUUCCUUUUUGUAUGUAUCAAAAUUGAUCAACAAUUAGAGUCCAGUGACUAUAUUAAAAAGCCCUGUUUGCGCUUUUUUAAUAUCUUUUCCAAAUGGACAGUUUGCUCAGCCACACUUGGACAUGAUGUAAUUGUCCGUAAAUAAAGUAUUACAUAAAAGACCAAUAGCUUUUGCAUAUUAUAUUUGUCAGUGAGAACAUAAAAUGACACAAUAAUACAGUAUAAACUAGUGCAGAAAUAUUAAUGUUUUUUAAACGAUAUCAAAACACAUUUGAAUUAUGGCUUCAAUAAAAAUCCAUCUUUAAGACUGAA